AAGGAUAGGACACAGCACCAUCUCUCCACCAAACCUCCAGACGUCCUGACCUUGGCAGUGAUGUAUACUGUACCAAGGAUAGGACACAACACCAUCUCACCACCAAACCUCCAGAUGUCCUGAUCCCAGACAGUUAUGUUAGUCUUAAGGAUAUACUGUACCAACAUAAGAUGUAACACUAUCACACCACCAAACCUCAAAACGUCCUGAUCUCAUGCAGUGAUGUACAUAGCACCUUCUCACAACCAAGACUACAGACGUCCUGAUCCCAGUCAGUGAUGUAAACACAUACUGUACCAAUUCACGGUUGGGAGUAAGAACACCACACCUUUUCGCCUCCUCAUUACCAAACCUACUGGACCUAUAUUAUUGUGUAUCUGGGAUAUAAACUCUAAAACAAGAAGAUGGCGCUGGAUAGUGUGCACCUCAAAGCCACGAAAGAAGUGGAAGAUUUUGACCUCGAUGACAUUGACAAACUCCUCUCACAACUGACAACGGAGGAGAUUGAGGAGCUUAAUGGCGACUUCGACCCUGAUAACUCGUUUCUACCACCAAGUCAGCGCAUGAAACCGCAGACAACAAAGGACCCCACUGGUCCAUAUAAACGGGAGAAGCUGCUGGCCUUCCUGGAAAAGAAAGCCAAGGAGGAGAAGGACUGGGAACAAGUGAAACCCUAUGUCAAGGAGACAAGAGGGAAGAUCUAUAAACCGAAAGAGGAGCCUAAGGUGGAGGUACAUGAGGACGAGGCAAUACAGACUGAGUGGGACGAUAUCUUAGCCGGGGCAUCAGAGGAGGAGCUUGUAGACCUUGCUGCUGUGUUGGGAUUUCAUGGCAUGCUGAAUCAGACACAAUACUACGCAUCCUUAGAGAGUGAGGACAUAUCACACACCGGCGGCUUUACUGGAACGGCCAAAGCACAGGUACUGAAGCUGGUGCCUGCAGAACCUCCAAACCCUACUGAUGUGGAGGAAAGUAUAAAAAAGAUCCAAGCCAAUGACGCUAAACUGAAGUCACUCAACCUCAAUAACAUUAAGAACAUUUCAUAUGAGCGACAGAUUGAGGUUAUAGAGGGACUUAAAAGCAAUACCUGUCUAGAGACACUGGAGAUGGCAAACGUAGCAAUGACUGACAGAGUGGCUUCUGUUGUUCCAGAUGCUCUAAGGGCCAACAAGACACUCAAGGUGCUAAGUCUUGAGUCCAACUUCAUAGGUGGGGAUUGUUUGGUGGAGAUCCUUAAGGCUAUCAAUGAAAACCAGACACUUCAGGAACUGAGGUUUGCUAACCAGAAACCUGAGGCACUAGGAAACAAAGUAGAGAUGAAAGUGUUAAAGAUGAUUGAAGCCAACACAUCCCUACUUAAGUUUGGUAUCCAUUUCGAAUUCCCCGAGCCCAGAGUCCGCGUCCACGACAAAAUUCAAAACAACAAUGAUGAAUUGAGGAAGAAGCGGUUAGGAGAUGACAAAUCUUCAUCUUAGACUUCCAUAGAAAUUGAUAGAAUGGGAUGGUAACCAGCCAUUACAGUUGAGAGAAUCGUGUGACUAAUGACUUAGACAACUAUUUUAAUUAUGUACAACUUUCCCAUUAGAAGAAGGAGAGUACCCUAGUGCCAUUUGGAGGGAUUGCUCCAUAAGUUGGCAGGUCUUUAUUAGUCCUCAGUUAAAGUCUGUGUCCCUCAAACCAAGGACAGGGCUUUGUGUAUCUCUAGGUAUUAUGUUCCUGUGUACAGCUGCUGGGGUGAUGUGUCCUGUCGCAGAAGUCUGUUCAGCCCGUUGGAUGGGACAUACUGUGAUCAAUACCACCAUUGGUGUUCUGUACAGUCUUUAGACUGGGAUGUCCUAGUGGUCAGUACAGUCUAUAGACUGGGAUGUCCUAGUGGUCUGUACAGUCCCCAGACUGGGAUGUCCUAGUGGUCUGUACAGUCCCUAGACUGGGAUGUCCUAGUGGUCUGUACAGUCCUUAGACUGGCAUGUCCCAGUGUUCUGCACAGUCCCUAGUGGGAUGUCCUAGUGGUCUGUACAGUCCCUAGACUGGGAUGUCCCAGUGGUCUGUACAGUCCCUAGACUAGGAUGUCCCAGUGUUCUGUACAGUCCCUAGACUGGGAUGUCCCAGUGUUCUGUACAUUCCCUAGACUGGGUUGUCCCAGUGGUCUGUACAGUCCCUAGACUGGGAUGUCCCAGUGUUCUGUAGAGUCCCUAGACUGGGAUGUCCUAGUGGUCUGUACUGUCCCUAGACUGGGUUGUCCAAGUGUUCUGUACAGUCCCUAGACUGGGAUGUCCCAGUGUUCUGUACAGUCCCUAGACUGGGAUGUCCUAGUGUUCUGUACAGACCCUAGACUGGGAUGUUCUAGUGGUCUGUACAGUCCCUAGACUGGGAUGUCCUAGUGGUCUGUACAGCCCUUUGGGAUGGGACAUUCUGUCCCACUGGUCAGCACACCCCCUAGUUGGGCCAUCCCAAUGGCCUGUACACAGCCCUAGUCCAGUGUAGCCCCUAGACUGAGAUGUCAUAAGCUGGGACACCAUGGCAGGUGCCUUUGAAUUGAGAUAUUACCCAAAGGGAGACAACCUUUUACUCUGAUACUCAAAUGAUGAAAUCUUCAAAACUCAUCAUCACCCAUCAUGGGUAUUUGUCCUGGAAUUGAUACAUCCUGGUAAUUAUGGACUACCUUGAAUUAAAAAAAACUGUGGUUGACUGAGCUAUCCCUACACAGAUACCAGGACAAGGCACAGAAAUCCUCAUUCUGAUUCCUAACAAGACAUUCCCUGUUUUUUUCAGCACGAUGGGUUUCAGACCUGGUAAUUUCUGGCUGCAAGUGUCCAGGAGUAUGUUCUGGUCAACACUGUAGAAGUGUUGGCCAUUUAGAAGUAGAUUUUAUAUAUGACUCCACAGGUUAGAAGAUAAAUGAUAGGAGAUUUUUAAUUACUUUGUCAUAUUUAUAAUUUUUGCUCUUUGUACUGGUUCAGAUAAUGAUAGAAUCUUGUGAUAAAGGAAUAAUUAGCUUAGUGGAAUCUAAAUGUUUGUAUUAAAUGUAUGGAAAUGCUUCAUGAUGCUCAAUACUUGUCAGAUUUCCAGACUAUCUGGAGCAGGCUUCUCUUUAGUUAAACAAUACUUCCCAAGCUGCUGCUAUUGUGAGAUGUGCCCUGCCAACUUUUAGUUGAUCAAUGGAGUAAUUUGUUUAAAAAAAUAUUGUAACGAGGUAACUACAAUUGCUAUUUUGUGUGUGAGAGAGGGCUGAGAUAAAACAAGAAAAAUAAUGUGUGUGUUUGUGGGAGAGAUAGAUUUAAUUACAAGAGAGUGAGGGUGUGUACAAUUUUAGCUGCUGUUUAGUCAACCUAUCAGGGGAGGCAAUCCCUGAUCAAAGUAGACAACCUUUUAUUUAAUCAGGAAUACAACCCUUUAUCAGGAAAGGCAAUCCUUGGGAUUAAAGUGGAAAAUAUUCAACAAGGGAAACAAUCCUUUAGUGAAGAGACACUUAUGAACAAGGGAGGUAAUUCCGUAUUGGGGGGGCUAUUCCUGUAAGAUAACCCAUCACAUCCUUGACAUGUGUUUUAGCAAUACUUUCUGUUGGUUGUUGGAGUAUUACAUUUUUGUGUUUUUAUAUAGAAACUUUUUUAUUAUUUCUUAAAUUAUUCCCCUUGUAUUGAAUCCUAUAUCAUGUAUAAUCUAGGUGUUUUGUGAAUAUUUAAAUAAAUACCUUCUUGUCCUCGUUAAUCCAGCUAUACAUUAAUGUAUCUGUUGGUUUCUGUCUAUAAAUGUCCCUGAUUUUUACAGAUAUAUGGACCUAGAUAGGUCUGUUACAUCUACAGCAAUAAUAUAAUGGUACAUAUAGUUACUAUCACAUCAGCACAAUAUACUAUUUUUCACUAACAGCCGUCUCAGGGCACACUGACGGUCAGUCUCUCACCACUGUUGGUCAUUCUUGUCUAAUGGUCAGGUUAACUACAGCUGGUUUGUGUCUGUCCAUCAGUCUGUGUGUCUAUAUGACUAGUCAGCUCUUUGCUAUUUGCUGCAUUUUUAUGCAAGGUGCUUGCCGUAAGAGUUCUUAGUGUUGAAUAUAGGCUCAACUCUACAAUUUUUAGUCCAGAUUUAUAUACAGUAAAAGAUAAUUAAAUGUUGAUGAAUGCUCUAAUAAUUUUAAAGAAAAUUGUUCAUAUUUCUCUUUAUUCUCAUGAAAAUAUGUAGAAAAUAUAAAUUUUACUAAAUUUAUGUCAUCAGAAACAUGUUUUCACUUUAAAAACUUUCAUGUAAUCUAUAAUUUUAUGCACUGUAUAUAAGUAUAGGAAAGUUAUUAACAGAAUAUUCAUGUUUAAGCCAUGUACAAUAUGACAGUAAAACACAAAAGAUAAAUAAUAUUUUUCAAAAUUGGAGCUAGAUUUAAUGCAGAAUUAUAAAAAGAUUCAGACAUAUUAGGUCCUAGGUCCUUUGUUCAUACCCGUAAUGAUUGUAUCUGUUGCUUAUAAAGGCUGGUUUUAUAUAGGAGAUCUGAUGCACUGCUUUUGUUAAUACUUGGAUAGUUGUAGAACCCCACACUCCACCGGUACAUACCGGACACAAUAAAACAAAACCUUCCAA